UAUUGUGGUUAGUUUGACAGCGGUUCAGUUGUACAGAGUUUGACAGUAGUCAGUAGUAGUUGUCUCCUGCUUGUCUAUCGCCUGCUGAGAGUCCGUAACGUUAGCUGUUGUAACGACGUUCGAAUGCAAACGGAGUAACAACGAAACGGACAGCUUUAUGAGAUAAAUACAGACAGCUUUGUAGUUGUUGCACGUCUCAAUGGACACUGUUCAGAAAUUGGUGUCUGGAUUUUCUCUGGACCUGGGACCAUUGAAAGAACCUCUUGGAUUUAUUCGUGUCCUAGAAUGGGUCUUCACCAUCUUUGCCUUUGCCACCACUGGAGGUUACUCUGGGACAUCCCACUUUACAGUCAAAUGCCCAGGAGGAACCCCGGAAGAGACACCUGUAGGGCCUGUGUUUGACUACCCAUUCAGGUUGCCAGCACACCCGUAUGACAUACCGACAUGCAACGGCACUGAUGUCCGUACGAACUACCUGCAAGGCGACUACUCCUCCUCGGCAGAGUUCUUUGUGUGUGUUGGUGUGUUUGGGUUCCUUUAUUGCACCGCCACAUUGAUCCUCUACCUGGGCUACCAGAACGUCUACCGCCAGACCACCCGUGGUCCCAUCAUAGACCUGGUGCUGACCGCUGCCUUUGCCUUCUUGUGGCUCGUGUCGUCCUCAGCCUGGGGCAAAGGCCUGACUGAUGUUAAGUGGGCCACUAACCCCGAGCACCUAGUGGAGUCAUGCAAAGACCUCUGUCAGCCAGGAGAGUUUCCUUCCAUGGGCCGCCUCAAUGCCUCUGUGAUAUUUGGCUUUUUGAACAUGAUCCUGUGGGCAGGGAACUGCUGGUUCAUCUACAAGGAGACUCCUUUCCACAAGGAUCCCAACCCACCAGCCACCAUGGAGGAAGGAGGGCCCCCUGAGCCCUAGCCACGUCACUGAGGCUCCUCAAGCAUAGCCCCGUGCCCACAGCACAAACGCUCUGUGCCCAACACUGGUCUCUGAUGUUAACCUGCAGAAAUGGAAACAAAAGGAAGGCAAUUGUCCUAAAUACCCGCUAUACCUCCCAACACGUCGGAGCUAUUUUUCAGUUACGGGUCUUUACGUAGCUCAAGUUAACCUUAGUCCCCAAUGACUGAGCAACCCUUUAUUUUUAUUUUAAAUCUGCCAUCACUGUAUGUAUUUGGUGUUCAGAACAGCAGGCCUGCAGUGCAUUUGCUUCCACAUUAGCACACUGUCCUCAGCUGAUGUCCGCCCUUCAGGGAGCCACCUAGUGAUGAAAUUGUGAUUUAAGAACCCAGCAUCUCUACUGGUCUUCAACCAGAGAAAAGCUGGAAGUUGAAAGCAAACAUCCCUCACACCCAGUAAAAGCAAGUGUUUCCAUAAGAAACAAAAUCCAGAAGCAAACUUUUUAGGUGGGAGCAAAUGCACCCCUGGGGUUCAGUCCAGUAAGGGCCUGCUCUUCUUCCAAUAUGUAAUCAGUAAGAGAAAAUGCUACAGUACAGAUCCCAAGUACUGUAUUUCUAAACAUGUCAGUCACUUCAAUUUCAAUAGAUGAGUCAUAGCAUGAGGGGCAAAAUAUGCUGAAUGCUAUUUUUCUCCUGUUAAAGCAACAACUGAUACCAGAGCCCUGCUCAAUAAUCGGACUAAGCCAUGGUUUCUCUUCUUUUCUCAUCUCUGCCACUGAGGCACCAGACCAACUAACCAUUAAGUUAACCGCCAUGCCGUUUCCCCACCAAUGUUCUAAUCCACUGACACACACACUUAAAUAUACUUCAUAACCCCAUGGGUGUUGCAGUUUCAACACACUUGGAAUUUAUUGUGCUUAAAAAGAAUACUAAGUAAAAAGAAAAAAAUCACACUACAAUCUACUGCACCUCUGGCAGAGACUUUAAUUUUGAACGUGUCAUUUUGCGUGAUGUUUCAGGUUGGUUGUGACAGGGUUUGCCGCGGCCUUAUUUUCAGCCUGUAUACAGAACAAGCAGGUUCUCUACAUGUUUACUCCAGUAUCUGUUGUACAUGCCGUUACAGUGGAAGGAACUGAUAAAUGUCAGGCCAAACCUCAAAAUGUUAUCAUUUACACUACUCCUUAACACUAAGACUCAUUCUUGUUUGUGCAAUCUUUUGCGAAAGGUGACUUGCAGCGACUUUAUUUAUAUACAGUUCAUUUGUAUUUUUAUCUACAUUAAUUGGUCCGUUGCAUAUUUUUAAAACCAAUGUUGGGUUUCUGUUUGUAUUUCCCAAAUAAGUGUCGGUGUGCAGCUUCUCCUUGAUUUGUUUUGUAAUGUCAGAUUUGCUGUUAAAUGUGUUUAUCCACCGAGUAGCUUUAGACCUGGUCGUGCGAUGAUAAAUAGUUUAACUAACAAAAGUGGCAAACUGUGGUUGCCAGAUUUAUGUACUCUUUCUCUAUUUCUUAAUGCCCAUAGUUCUGCUCUAUAUGUAACUUUACAGCCAAUGCCGUACAUUAGGUUUUGUAUUGAAUUAUUGUCAUUGCACUAAGAGGGAUCUAAGGAUCUCUAUGAAGUAACUGUUUUGAGUUAUUGGGCCACCUGUGCAGCUGUUUUAUUCACCAACUUAGCCUCUGUAGGGAAGAAAUGAGAGGCUGCAUGAGGCACUGUAAGUAAAGUCAUAUAUUUUCCACAUCCUAUUGAAAUUAAACACAAUUCGUAAGAUGCUUUAUCAAUUUUAAAAGAUAAAUCUUAUCUUAACUAGAGCACAGUCAUAGGUGGGAUGUUUAUGUAAUUGGACUUCAUGUAUUUAAUGCCUUCGUUUGUGCAAAAUGAAACAAAAUGGUUUAUCUGUAUUGACAAGUGUAAAACAUGAGAGCUGGAACUGCUGGA